UUUUUACUGAUUGCCUACACGUAUUUAUUCCUCCCCUUCUCGCCCCUCCCCGCAGCGUUUUUUUCCCUUUCACUCUUCUCACUCCGCAUCUUCAACGCGUCUCAACGUCAUCUACAACAUCGCGAUAACGCGUCACAUUCAUCUCUUUUCAUCAAGACUUUAUCACCUUCAUCUAUCAUCAUGACUGGACGUAAGUACUUAGUUUUCUUUUUUUGAUGCAUUCUUUCGCGUCGAUGCAUGGUCGUCGAUGCUGACCAUGAUGACGCGUUGAUGAAUCGCAUUCAACUCCAAGCUUCACUCGUCAACAUAUGCUAACGCUUCAUGUUAGGUGGCAAGGGCGGCAAGGGUCUCGGCAAGGGCGGUGCCAAGCGUCACCGAAAGAUUUUGCGAGACAACAUUCAAGGAAUCACCAAGCCCGCUAUCCGACGUCUCGCUCGUCGUGGCGGUGUCAAGCGUAUUUCUGCUAUGAUCUACGAGGAGACCCGUGGUGUUCUCAAGACCUUCCUCGAGGGUGUCAUCCGCGACGCUGUCACCUACACUGAGCACGCCAAGCGCAAGACCGUCACCUCCCUCGACGUCGUCUACGCUCUCAAGCGACAGGGACGUACCCUCUAUGGUUUCGGUGGUUAAACAACUUUCUACCUUGAUGGUUCACUCUUUAGAAGGAUUAUUCAGUUGCGCUUGUACGGCACUGGGAUGGAUGUAUUUGACUAAGGCGUUGGGGAAACGGAUAUGAUAUUACCAUAGGCGUCAUGGAAGACGACCUUGCAAAUGAAUACCACAUUGAACAUUGAUCACUUCAUAAUUCUCCAUUACUCCAGGCAUAUACCCUCUCGUGAUUUAUGGCCUGCCCACAUUAUUACAGCUAGUAUAAUAGAGAACUUAGGCACCCGUAUCAAGAUGCGAACAUCAGAUUUACUGUAUUGUAUUAAGUUAAAAGCAUGGUAUCAUAAGAACGAGUAACUUUCCUGUCAACAUUCAAAGGUAUUUCCUCCCAGCUGCCGCUACCCUCGUUCUGAAGACAGGGCUACGCACCUCCAUGUUGGCGCGGUAGAAGGGACUCAUGAUAGCCUUGACCCAAUUCUCAUAAACUUCCGUAAAGAACAUUUUGAUGGCUUCUUCAGUAGCUGGACUUGUGGGAUUAGCCCCGAUGGCAGUUGAUGACCGUGAUGAUGUUCCUGUCGGGAUGAUGGGUUGAUGGAGCAGGAGAAAUUUGACGUUGCCGGCGGUGACGAAGCAUGAUAUGUAGUUGUUGAAGAACUUGUCAAUACACUUGAGAUACCUGUAGAAGAAACAGAGUUUAGUAUUAUGUCGCGUCGUGUCACUUUUCUUUGUAUCGGCCAUGCGCAACCCCUUGCCUGCUUCAAAACCGCCCUCUUCGAACGUGUGGGUACAACUCACAUCUGUCCAUGUGACCACUGGACCUCCUCUGCAAUAUCAAGACUGGAAUGUAAGAUGAACUGGUUCAAAUGGCGGACUUGAUCGCUGAAGCGCGACUGGCCGUCACCGCCCUGUUUAGAGGUGCCAAACUCAUGCUCGAAUAGAGGGUUGUCCUGAGUGCCGACGAUGGCGAAGUAGUAGCUCAUGGUGCUGUGUGUUGCAUCGGCCGCGGUCUAGCAAUAUCCUUUGGUUUCGCUGAGUGGAGGCGAUUUAUUCAAAGCUCUGGAGGCGCCACGUCGAUGCUGUCGAUGCUGUCGCAUACCCUACUUAUAAUGAACAGAAUGAAUGAAUAGACGUCUGCAUUGC